CCACCCGCGGCUCCUCCUCACUCGCCCGUCGCCCGCGCCCGGUGCAGCUCUACCGGAGCCACCGCAGGCUGCGCGUCCGCCAGGAGCCGCUGCCUCGACCCUAGUGCUCGGAUCGUUCUACCCGGAUUCCUCUGCUCGGACCGCUGCACCGAUCCCUCUGCCUCGCUCCGGAACCCGGCUGCUCGGAGCCUUCUGCUCGGAUCCCUCUGCUUGGACCGCGCUGCCAGAAUCCUGCCGAGAUCCUUCUGCUUGGAUCCCACUGCCGGGAUCCUUCUGUCUGAAUCCCACUGUCCGGAUCCUUCUCUCUAGACCCCGCUUCUCUAUCCUUCUGCCUGGACCUCGCCACGCGGAUCCCGGCUCCGCAGCCACGAUGCCCGUGGCACGGCCACCCGCCACGGGACCAGGCAGGAUCUCUCUGCUUCUGGUCGCCCUGCUUCUGGGGAGCCCCGCGGCAGCUCGGGCGGAAGAUGGUGGUCCAGAGGGAGACACGUACCCUUCCACAGCCUACCUCCUGCCCUCUGCCUCUCUGGAGAGCAACCUGGAAAAGGGGGUGACAUCAGCAGCCCCAGGUCCUCUGCCCUCCCAGAAAGCACUGGAAACACUGGAGGAGUCCUUGCCCCCUGCGCUCCCUGACGAGGCCAGCAUCCAGCACGCCCCAGCCCUCAGGAAGAACCUGCCAUCCCUGAAGCAACUCAACUCUGCCCGGAGGCAGCUGAGGCCCCUGGCCACCCCGACAACUCUGCAGAGACUAGGGUCCCCCGCCUCGGCCACCACAGAGCCGCGUGUGCCCGGGGACGCUGAACAGCCCACAGCGCCCGCGCCACUGCAGAUCGUACCGUUCACCACGCUGGUGACCACACUCCCAAACAGCCCAGAGCCCGCACAGUCCCCCGAUGACGGCAGCCAGGGGAGCCUGAUGGACAAGGGUGACAAUGAGCUGACAGGGUCAGCCUCUGAGGAGAGCCAGGAGACCACCACGUCCACCAUCAUCACCACGACCAUCAUCACCACGGAGCAGGCUCCAGCUCUCUGCAGUGUGAGCUUCUCUGACCCCGAGGGAUACAUCGACUCCAGUGACUUCCCGCCUCAGCCCUUGGGCAGCUUCCUGGAGUGCACAUACAACGUGACGGUCUACACUGGCUAUGGAGUGGAAUUGCAGGUGAAGAGUGUGAACCUGUCUGAGGGGGAACUGCUCUCCAUCCGUGGGGUGGACGGGCCCACCUUGACAGUCCUAGCCAACCAGACUCUCCUGGUGGAGGGCCAGGUGAUCCGUAGCCCCACCAAUGCCAUCUCUGUCUACUUCCGGACCUUCCAGGAUGACGGCCUUGGGACCUUUCAGCUGCACUACCAGGCUUUCAUGCUGAGCUGCAGCUUUCCGCGCCGGCCUGAGGCUGGAGACGUCACCGUGAUGGAUCUGCACUCUGGCGGGGUGGCCCACUUCCACUGCCACCUGGGCUACGAGCUGCAGGGAGCCAAGACUCUGACCUGCAUUAAUGCCUCCAAACCCCACUGGAGCAGCCAGGAGCCCGUCUGCUCAGCCCCGUGUGGAGGAGCCGUGCACAACGCCACCAUUGGCCGAGUUCUCUCCCCCAGUUACCCUGGAAAUGCCAACGGCAGCCAGCUCUGUGUGUGGACCAUCGAGGCCCCAGAGGGUCAGAAGCUGCACCUGCAUCUGGAAAGGCUGCUGCUUCAGGAGAAGGACAGGAUGAUUGUCUACAGUGGACUGACAAACACAUCGGCCCUGCUGUACGACUCUCUCCGGACGGAAAGCGUGCCCUUCGAAGGCCUGCUGAGCGAGGGCAGCAGCAUCCGCAUUGAGUUCGCAUCCGACCAGGGCCAGGCAGCCUCGGCCUUCAACAUCCGCUUUGAGGCCUUUGAGAAAGGUCACUGCUACGAACCCUACAUCCAAAACGGGAACUUCACCACAUCAGACCCCACCUAUAACAUCGGAACCAUUGUGGAGUUCACCUGCGACCCCGGCCACUCUCUGGAGCAGGGCCCAGCUGUCAUUGAGUGUGUCAACGUGCGUGACCCAUACUGGAACGACACGGAGCCUCUCUGCAGAGCCAUGUGUGGUGGGGAGCUCUCGGCUGUGGCUGGAGUGGUGCUGUCUCCAAACUGGCCCGAGCCCUAUGCAGAAGGUGAAGACUGUGUUUGGAAGAUCCACGUGGGGGAGGAGAAGCGGAUCUUCUUGGACAUUCAGUUCCUGAACCUGAGCAACAGUGACAUCCUGACCAUCUAUGAUGGUGAUGAGGUUGUGCCCCAUGUCCUGGGUCAGUACUUUGGCAACAGCAGCCCUCAGAAGCUAUACUCCUCCACACCGGACCUCACCAUCCAGUUCCACUCGGACCCCGCUGGCCUCAUCUUUGGCAAGGGCCAGGGAUUUAUCAUGAACUAUAUAGAGGUGUCACGGAACGACUCCUGCUCAGACUUGCCUGAGAUCCAGAACGGCUGGAAAACCACUUCCCACACAGAGCUUGUCAGGGGAGCCCGGAUCACAUACCAGUGCGACCCAGGCUAUGACAUCGUGGGCAGCGACACCCUCACCUGCCAGUGGGACCUGAGUUGGAGCAGUGACCCCCCAUUUUGUGAAAAAAUCAUGUACUGCACCGACCCCGGGGAGGUGGAGCACUCCACCCGCCUCAUCUCCGACCCGGUGCUACUGGUGGGCACCACCAUCCAGUACACCUGCAGCCCCGGGUUCGUGCUCGAAGGGAGCUCCCUUCUCACCUGCUACAGCCGCGAGACGGGGACUCCCAUCUGGACAUCUCGCCUGCCGCACUGUGUCUCUGAGGAGUCCCUGGCAUGUGACAACCCAGGGCUGCCGGAGAAUGGGUACCAGAUCCUGUACAAGCGGCUGUACCUGCCUGGAGAGUCCCUCACCUUCAUGUGCUACGAGGGCUUCGAGCUCAUGGGCGAAGUGACCAUCCGCUGCAUUCUGGGACAGCCGUCCCAUUGGAGCGGGCCCCUGCCCAUCUGCAAAGUUAAUCAAGACAGUUUUGAACACGCACUAGAAGUAGCAGAAGCGGCAGCAGAGUCCUCGCUGGAAGGUGGGAACAUGGCACUGGCCAUCUUCAUUCCGGUCCUUCUCAUCUCCUUGCUGCUGGGAGGAGCCUACAUCUACGUCACAAGGUGCCGACAAUACUCCAGCCUCCGCCUGCCCCUCAUGUACUCCCACCCUUACAGCCAGAUCACCGUGGAAACUGAGUUCGACAACCCCAUCUAUGAGACUGGGGAAACGAGAGAGUACGAAGUCUCCAUCUAACAAGAGCUGCCCUGGAAAGGGGGACUUUAGAGAUGGACAUGCAGACGUGAACUGUCGGGACCUCCUCGGAAAUCCAUCAGAGACCUCGUGGCGUUGGGCUGUAGCCCGUGGUGGCAGCCAUCUUUUCCUCUACACUUCUGACUCAAAUGUUCACUGUUUCUCCGCACUACUUACUAUAUUUAAAAUGGAAGGUAUUUUAAAUUGAAAUCGGUGAGUUUGGUACAUUGGGGGGGGACGCUGCGGCCAAGGUCACGUGACCGCCUCUGCUCCCAAGGCAAACCAAGUGGCAAAGGGCAGCAGGUAUCAACACAGCAAGCAGGUCGAGUUGGACCGGGAGUGCCAAGCCUGGGCUGCACCGCCCUGCAUGGUCUUCAGCAGCAGGCCACAGCGUACUUGGUAUAAACAGAAGCCCCAGGGUUAUCAGAGUGUCUCUUGCGGGGCUGCCUUGGAGUACUUAAGCCCGGCUAUUUCUCCUCCAAAAACAAAACCUGUGUCCUCUUUUCCAAUGUUAUAAGUGUCUAAAAGGUCGCAGCCUGUCCUCUCCCUCCACGGCUUCCAAAGGCAGCAAAGAUUCUCUAAGUAUCCCCUGGGCUCAGGCAACACUGAUCGCGUUAGAAAGCAGCCCCUCUCUUAAAGGUGAUAAGCCCCAAGGAGGACUGUCAGGGAUGAGGCACAGGGAUCCUGGGUAAGAGGCAUGGGUACCAGAUGAGCUGUGUACUGGAACCCACCUCGGCUUAGCAAGGUCACCCUAAGGCUAGGGUUUUCAAUCCACUGGCAGCUUGGACUACAUAGUCACAGGUCUGUUGGGGAAGGGGGGCUGAGGGAGGGGGCCACGAAGGAGCGGGCAUCCCUGACCUGAAAAACAGGGAUCAGCUCUGAUUGCCAUCUGGGGUUCUAGGAUGUCUUUGACGUAGGUGAGACUGAAGUAGGGAAGAUAUUACCUCCAGCUCCCUUUGCUCUCACAUGCUUUGUCAGGAAGAACAAACUCCUCCCUGGCCUCUGAGGCUCUGAGUCCUGGGAGAACGUCAGUGCCCAGGCAGAUGCCCUGUGUGCAGAGCAGGGUGGAAACCCACAGGAGAACAAGGCACAAGGCCCAGCUUGAACCUCAGUAAAAUGUUUCCAAACGACAGGCCCUCCCCAGCCUUCAUCUACUCUGUGAUCAGGGUCCUUCAAACCACUAUCCAGUGCAACCAGAGACCAUGGCUAUCCAGAAGUUUAUUUUCUAAAUACAAUCGUGAGGAAAGGUGCCGGGGUUAGGUGCUGGAGAGAACAGCAGGUAUGAGGGGUGGCAGUGAUCGUGUACAGACCAUGUGGUGACCAGGAGGAGACUGGUCUUCCUCCAAGAAAGCCCCUGCAUGCAUAUGCUCGACCACUGUGGCUAGGGGUUUCAAACCACCCAGCCCAUCUGCCCACAAAGAAGCCAGAGGAGAAACCACAGGACAUUUUGGGGGAAAGACCCCACUACAAAUGAUGUGAGCUCUCUCCCAGAGGCAGAACCUAUUUGAGACGAAUCCAGCCCCAGCCCUGUCACCUUUGAACCUGUCCAUAACGUUUGAUUUUAGUUCACUCUCUGGCCCUGUGGAAACUAAGUCCUUGCCUUCUGUAAGGUCUGAGUGUGUGAGGCCCCUCUAACCCUGCUCCCUAAAGCUGACCUGGCCAUGCCUGGGUUGUCUCUUGGCUAUUGGGUAGGUAUAAAAAAAUGUUGAUUUGUUUUUGCAGGAGACCAAUGUCUUAGUUCUGUCUUGGUGGUACAGUCUCAGUAACCAUGUUUUAAAAUGUAUUCUAGCCUAGAGUUGGAUCAUACGAGCUCUCAGUGUGCAAUGAUUGAAAGGGUGUGACGAUGUCUAGUUUUUUUUUUAAAUAUCUGACUGUGUAUUUGUAACAUGUAAAGGUUUGAAAAAAAAACAAAAAACAAGGAUGCUACCAGUGCCGAAUAUAUACAAAGUAUCCCAUCACCACUACAGCCGUGCGGAAUAUAUACAAGGUAUCUCAUCACGGCAGGUCCCUGUCUGUUUUUACAAGAUGGAAAUUUGAACCCAUGGGGAUUAAAUAUUUUUUGAACUGGAUACACUCGUGAACCCUCCCGCAAGCAGUUCCCCUUUCUGAAGUCAGUGGGGGAAACACGUUUACAAAGUGCAGGCUUCCAGAAUGUGUGCAUCCUUCAUGCUGAUCCACGCAGGCUCUACCUGGCUCCUCCCUCUUCUGCCUGGAGCUCGUCUUCCCCUUUAGCUUCCUUUUUGGUAGACUCACUUUGCCAGCCUAAGUAUCCUGACCUCUGUCUGGAUGCCAUCUUUCCAAGCAAUCCCACCCCGAGCCUUUGAAACCAGCUUUUGGAGAAUUCACAAACCUCAGGGGACAACUCUGGAAAUCUACAUACAGCCCUGGAGAAAGAAAGGGGUUACAGCCAGAAUGGUGGCACCACAGGAACUCCAACGAACCAAUGGAUAGCUUCAGAAACCGUAGGUAAAACGACGUCUCCUUUGGGCAUGACCUUUCUGUGUCUUGGAUAAGGCCCAGGCUCAGUGAGAUGGCACUCCAGGUUCGGUCUUGUGUGGCACUCAGCACCCACAGAGGUAGGCGUCUUCUCAGAUGCUUGCUUUUUCAUUUAUCAUCAAACAGAAUAAAAAAAAGCAAACUUUCUAAGCUAGAAAAAUGAAAUCAUUUUCCACUUUGUAUAUAUUGCUGCUAAUAAAACAGAUGUAAAAGA